GAUCAAAUGAUCAGGGAGCAUUUCUCUUAUCCAAACAAAUAUCCGAAGGAACUUUCUUCCUUUUCCUUUCCGCUAUUAAUAAUCUCUUUAUUUAUGUAAUGAACCACUCCACUAUCAUAACCACCCACUAUAAAUAACACACCGUGUAAUCACAAACACCACCGAGAGGAAUUACAUAGUCCAAGUAGAAAAAUGGAUAGAGUAAGAGACUUGGCGUCAAAGAAGGCAGCAGUUAUAUUCACCAAGAGUUCGUGUUACAUGUGCCACAGCAUCACGCAACUCUUCUAUGAGCUCGGAGCAAGCCCUGCGCUGCAUGAGCUCGACAAGGAUGCUUAUGGGAGGGAAAUGGAGUGGGCUUUGAGGAGCAUGGGGUGUAACCCUUCGGUGCCUGCAGUCUUCAUUGGUGGCAAAUUUGUAGGCUCAUCCAAGGAUGUCAUAUCCCUCCAUGUUGAUGGUUCCCUCAAACAAAUGCUUAUGGCUGCCAAGGCCAUAUGGUUUUAGUCUCAACUCUCCAAUAAAACUCACAAGCUCCGUAAGACAUAUCAAGGAGCUCUUAUACAAUGUUUUAUGUCAGGGACACCCCUUCUUUUUCCUGAGUGUCCUCUUUUAGCUAGUAUCAAAGAGGAAGUCUGUAAAAAAACAUUUAGUCUUGCUUUUUACUGUUCUAUAAAAGGUUGGCUAGCUUACCACAUAGCUAUUGCCUACCAUCUUAUCAUACUUCAUCCUAACUGCUCCUUACAAUUUCUAAGCUUUAUCUUUAUUACCACAAGUCGUAGAAGAAAGACAUGUUUCAAUUACA